AUAAAGUAGUAGUAGUCCAGUAGUCUAACUGGGGGUAGAAAAGAUGCUAUGACCAUCUGAAUAGAAUUAGAUACGUGAUGUGCAUUUCGGAGUUGGCAGCUGGUGUUGUUUUGCCUGUCAUUAAUGGGAGAAAUACGACACAUAGGGUUGUUUAAACUAUAUUUUCUUUCAAAAAGCAGCCUAAAACAUUGGGGAAAAAGUUUUUGAGAUAACAUGCACAUGAUUUUAAAUAUUGUGACUUAAAGGUGCUAAGGGCAGCCUGACAAAUCUUUUCAUCACUUAGGCAAUUUAUAGCAAUUAUUUGGUCAGAGAUAUGAUUUGGCAGCAAGUUAUGAAUUAGGCAUGUCUGUAGAUGGUGUGUUGUCCAUCCAUUUUAAUUUUUGUAUGCUUUUUCUUUACAGCUUUCACAUGACGUGGAAUCUAUUAAAGUCCUUGUGACAACUUUUAAAGAUGAGAAAGAGAUCUGUAAAAAGAUUCUCCAUGUUAACAGUGUUAAAAAUCUAACAGAGCAAAGCCUUGCCUUGCAAACUGGUUGUGUUCUGGCCAGGUUUUUAAAGUACAACACUGAUUUCAGGGAAUACGUUGAUGUGGACAUGAAUGUAGCCAUUAAGGACUUUGAUAGGUUCCAUGUAUUUCUGUCAAGUGGAGGACCUGGAAAACAAACCGGGGAGACUAAUCAAAAUGAGGCCCCCACUGAUAUAGAAGAGGUUGGUCGAACCUUGCUGCCCCUUCUGAGGAAAAAAGCCCCACAAAUUCUCAAGGAGUAUGAGACCACAGGCAUCCUGUCAGUGCAAUCCAGAAAGUUUCUUGUGAAGAUAUGCGUAGGGGAUUUAGUAGAGAGGUGUGGCUUUUACCCUUUGAGUGCGGAGAAGCUGGCUGUUGCCAAAAGUAUCAUUUCCGCUUUCCCUUCACUGAGUGUACGUGUGGCAGGGCAAGGCGAAGGAUUUGAACAUUUCUAUGAUCCAGUGUCCCACUGUGGAUUUUUGGAGAGUAAACUGCGCAAUCUUCGACGUAAUCUUCAGCAAGAGCAAAGGCGAUACAGAAAGCGAAAAGUGACCACAGACUCGGAUGAAGCUGGGGAACCUGAGACCACGGAGAAUGAAACCACUGACACAACUGAGUGGGUUACCCUGACCAAAAGGCUACGACCUUCAGCUGAGAACCUUUCAGCUAUCAAGACAGGCAUGGAGAAAACUUACAUUCAUCGCAGAGCCUGGAUUAGCAGAGACUCCCCCACUGUUGAAGAAAUAUUUAACGAGUAUCCACGAUUCUUGGACACCCCCUGUUUGCUGGACUCAGAGUUCGGGAGACUUACUGGUGGAAAGACAGACUUCUUUCUACGAAGAUGGGAGGCCAGCAUUAUCCCCAAACUCAAAUCUGUGGCUGCUUUGGAAAACAGUACAUCCCCUCUUUUGAAGGGCGUUGAAGACAAAUCAGAAGAUGAGAUUUGUUACACUGCCCUUUUGAUUUUGGUACACCUGCUUCCGCCAGUUGGUGCCAGUCGAUGCAGUUUGAGCUCUGCAAUAACAUGUCUUAUUGAUUUUGUACCGCUUGGAACAAGUAUUGCAUCUCUUUUCAAUCCUGUUGAUUCAUCCAAGACUCACCAACCCCAGCUGAUGUGCAUUGGAGAUCUAAGGAGUUCAUCCAGGCAGUAUGUUAUCAUCGCCAAGAACGACAGGGUCACCAUUCCUUUGGAUGAUGGUCUGGCCUGUGCAUUGGACAAGCUUUUCAAGCUUUAUUGGGUUUGUAACUUGUCUUACCCAACUCCACUCAGUGCUGUGUUUACUUUUUUGGAGUACAUCUAUGACCUGCCUUUCUCCACGCAAAGGAAAACUAAAGUACUGGAGUUGAUUUCAAAGCUCAAAGCUUGCAAGUAAAAUGUUUACCUGUCCUAAAUGUGGACAGCCUGUGUUCACUGAGGUGAAAAACCUCAUUUGGCAUCUUCGUGAAAUACACCUUUUAUCAGACGGACAAAAUGUUAACAUUAUAUGCAGCCAGGAUAAUUGUCCAAGGACAUAUCAAAACCUAAAUUCAUUUUCAAAGCACCUCCAUAGAGUUCAUGCCACAUCAACAAACACCACGCCAAUACAAUCUGCAGAUCAGAGUGCUGCAUCUCAUAAUCCCAGCCCAAAUGUUUUAGAGAUUUGCAGUGAUGGACCAGUGGAUUCUGAUGUCACGUCACAUUCAAGCAAAGAUGCAGAUCUUGGUAACUGUGCUGCCUCUUUUGUGGCAAAAAUGUACUCAUCAUCAAACAUGACCCUAUCAGAUGUGACAAGAAGUGUCAGCUGUGCAAAGGAACUGCUUGAGAGAACUGUAGAUAAUUUGCAGCAGUCAACUGUUUCUUUGUUGAGGAAUUUGAAUGUGUCUAAUGAAUGUAAGGAUGUACAAGCUUUAAUGAAGAAGUUUGAAGAUGCAAAACACAUAUUUGAUGAUGUGGACACGCAAUAUAAAAUGAACAAAUACUUCACUGACAACUUUUCCCUUGUUAAGCCACAAGAAAUAUUUUUGGGGCACAGAUCUGAUAGUGUGAGGAAGGAUGGUCAAAUUAAACAGGUUUUGGCAUCAGACACAUGCCAGUAUAUAUCAGUCAUAGAGACUUUGAAGUUUAUCUUCCAACAUGAGGAAAUGCAGGGCCUCUUUCUUCAGGAUAAGAAGAGUCAUGACAACAAAAUGCGUGACUAUUGUGAUGGUUAUCAUUUCAUGUCUCAUUCGUUGUUUAAAAUGUACCCUAAUGCUGUGCAGUUACAACUGUACUAUGAUGAUCUUGAAACAACAAAUCCUUUGGGGUCGAAAACAAAAAUACAUAAGCUAGGAGCUGUGUAUUUUACCAUAAAGAACUUACCACCGGACUGUAAUUCCUCCCUUGCAAAUAUUCAUCUGUGUCUUUUGUUCAACUCAAUUGACAGAGAGGUAUAUGGAUUUGACAAGAUUUUGGAACCACUUGUGGAGGAUUUGAAACUUCUUGAAAAUUCUGGACUGACAGUGAAAUUGAAAGGUCACAACUAUCAACUUUAUGGUACAGUUUGCCUGCUAACAGCAGAUAAUCUAGCAAUGCAUACACUUUGUGGGUACCUUGAGAGUUUUUCUGCAAACAGAUUCUGCCAGUUCUGCAUGGUUGGUAAAACAGAUGCACAGUUCAUAUAUGAUGAAGAUGAAAUGGAGCUGCGUACAAAAGACAGUUACCAACACCAUGUCAGCUUAAAUGAGCCAAGUAAAACUGGUGUUAAAAAUGACUCCCUUUUAAACAAGCUUCGGUAUUUCCAUGUAACUGAAAACAUAAGUGUUGAUGUCAUGCAUGAUGUUCUCGAGGGCAUAGCACCUCUAGAGGUUAAACUCAUGCUGCGCCAUUUCAUUUAUGUGGAGAAAGUUAUAACUCUGGAUCAGCUGAAUGAGCGGAUUUCAAGUUUUCAGUAUGGUUAUGGAAAUAUAAAAAACAAGCCAAGUGCCAUAAUGAACUUGAGAACCAGCGAGAAUCCAGUAAAACAGACUGCCUCUCAAAUGUGGUGCCUUUUACUGGUCUUGCCUUUUUUGUUAGGAGAUCUUGUGGACAGAAAAAGCCAGCACUGG